CAUAAAUACAAUCAACUCCACAGCCAGAGCCUUAGAAGGAACACGAAAUAACGAUAAAAUUUAGAACAGUUUGAUUCAUGGUAGUGAUGAUAAUAAAAGGGCUGUUCAGGAGAUACGCGAGAUGGAACCCAGUGCAUCCAACACGUGGAGCAUUUUGGGGGAUGGGCGUUGGGAUUGGGUGCGGCGUCGGGUGGGGUCCCGGCUUUGGGCCGGAGGUGAUUGGCUAUGUUGGAGCCGGGUGUGGCGUUGGGUUCAGUGUUGGCUUCACUUUAGCUGGUUUUGGCAUUGGUCUGCCGGCGAACUUUAUCGUUCAACUUCAUAAUAAUGCUAUUAAUGCAACAAGAAGUCGUGCGUUUGAGUUGGCUUUAUCAAAUGCGAAAAAUAUUGCUGGAGAUGGGUGGAAUCGUAUUUCUUGCGUUCAAAGAGAAGCUACUGCAAGAUUCUCUAGCUUCAAGCAAACCAGUGAUGUCCAUGUUAAGUCUAUACGGGAAAGUUUUGGAAGAUCUGUUGUUUGUUUUUUCGGGCCCAGAAAAGGUCCAACGGAUUAAUACCAGGGGGACCUGUCAGAUAUGUGACUAUAUUUCUUUCUAGUUUGCUAGAAUUGUAAGAAGGUGGUUCUUAGAGAAGCUGAUGCCUUUAUACAUAUUGUAUAGUAUCUCAUUGAAUAAUGGAGCUGUAUCUAAGCAAUAGCAACAGGCAACUUUAUUCUGCCGUCACCUUUCCUUUCUA